UCGAUCGUCCUGGACUGGGGUUCGUACUUCUCCUGCCCUUAACUUGGUUCAUACUGCAUGUUUUGAGAGAGAGAGAGAGAGAGAGAGAGAGAGAGAGAGAGGAAUCAUUGUGGAGAGAGAGUGAGAGGGACAGAUUUGUCGUUCGACGAUGUCUCUGACGAGUGUGAAAAUGUCGGAGGAUGUCUGGUUAACGUGUCUCACUCACGCAUUGUCCACUGAGACCGAAGAGAUCAUGGGGCUUCUCCUUGGAGAUAUUCAGCAAUCAAAAAAUGGAAGUGUGACAGCAGUAAUCUGGGGAGCAUUGCCGCAACCACGUUGUGAUCGACAAAAGGACCGAGUAGAGACUAAUCCUGAACAGUUGACUGCUGCUUCUGUACAGGCUGAGAGAAUGACUUUGGCAACUGGAACAACAACAAGAGUAAUUGGUUGGUACCAUUCGCAUCCUCACAUCACUGUUCUUCCUUCCCAUGUCGAUGUAAGGACUCAAGCCAUGUAUCAGCUUCUAGAUUCUGGGUUCAUUGGAUUGAUAUUCUCAUGUUUUAGUGAAGAUGUGCAUAAGGUCGGAAGAAUCCAAGUUAUUGCUUUCCAGUCCUUGGAUGGCAAUCAGAAUCACACAUUGAGAGCAGUGCCUCUCUCCCCUGUUAAUAGAAGCGGAAUUAUAGAUAUUGAGUCGUCAUUGAGCUCCUCUGAAAAUGCAUUCACAAGGUCUGGCUCUGUUAGGGCAGAAAGUCUUGAGCAAGAUACUGGUGACUCGAGAGCAGCUGCUGGGGUUUUCAAGGGGGGUGCAAGAUCAUCAGAUUUGGGAGGUUUCUUUGCCAAUGCUGAUGCAAACUUUACAGGCAGAGAGAAAACGGGGGGAAACUACAGUACCAACAACUUAGAAAUGACGAUUGGCGAUAUAGACCCCAUGGAUAUGUCAGAAAGUAUGCAAGAAGCAAUGCAUCGUUCGAAUUUGGACAUGAGUGGUGCAGAGUAUGUCAGGAAGGAAAUCCCUCUUUAUGUCUUGCCAACCUUGUCUCUUCUGAAGCUCGAUUGCCCUUUGGCUUCAUUUACAGAUUUACAACGUGUUCUGUUUGAGGAGGAGCGGACAGCUUAUACCCAAGCCAUCUCUCAGAAUAUGAGGGAUGGGAAAGUGCACCCGCUUACCUUCAUCCAUCACACAUCAACGUAUCAGGCUUCCAUGUGCAAAUUAAUGGAGUAUUGCUUAAGUCCUGCCAUAAAUGCUCUACAGGACCGCUUAAGAGAAAACGAGAUUCGGUUAGCGAUGCUGACAGAUGAAACAAAGAUUUUGGAGACUGAAGUCUCAAGUUUAGGUUCCCCUCGAAACAUUUCAUCACCUCAGGGACUCAGAGGAAGUGCUUCAUUUGGUCACAGAGACUUGUAUAGUCCUGAAUCUGUCAGCACGAGGACUGUUUCUGGUCCUGGUAGCCGUAGCAGAAAGGGGUCCUAGUUCAAUCCCAAACUAUGACUUGUUGAAAGCGUUUUUGUAAGCUUUUCCGCUUUCCUACUUUGCUUCCCCUAUGAACACGUUGCAAAUCAUAUGUUGGUGCCCUUUCGAGAUUCAUGAUAUCAGAGUAACAUGGUUUUUUGGCAAUUGUAUAUGUUCAUGGUCAAAGUUGGAGUGUAAUCCGUACUCCAGACUCCUGUUUCAACAUGCUUUACGUUAUGCAUCUCGGGGUCCUCAUUUUUCGGGAUGGGGCUGAAAUUCAGUUUCCGAUUGAAUUUGUUGUUGCGUACUGCUUCAAGUACAAAUAGUGGUAUGCCCCUUGUAGUUUGUGUAGAAGCGAGAAAGCUUGGAAAGAAGGGCUAGUGUAAUUGGAAAGACAUAUUUGGCGAAUUAUGAAUGGAACAUUAUCUCAUGUAUCCGUAUAACACAGACUAUAUUAUCGGUCAUGUUACAUGACUCUUGUUGGUUUUAUUGCA